AUGGGAAAGCAAGGACCUUGCUAUCACUGUGGUGUUACAAGCACCCCUCUUUGGCGUAAUGGGCCGCCUGAGAAGCCAGUUCUAUGCAAUGCAUGUGGUUCUCGGUGGAGAACAAAGGGAACACUGGCAAACUAUACUCCUCUACAUGCUAGGACAGAAUCUGAUGACUAUGAGAACCCUAGGGUAUCAUCUAAGGUUGAGAAUGUAUCCAUUAAGAGCAGAAGGGAGAAAGUACUCAGAAAAAAACAAGAUAUUGAUUUUUCUGAAUUUGGAGGGUUUGUGCCUGGUCAUAACCAGGGUUUCCGUAAAGGAUUUGAUGAAGAUACAAGUAAUAGAUCAAGUUCUGGAUCUGCCAUAUCUAACCCAGAGAGCUGUGCUCAAUAUGGCAGUGCAGAUGCAAGUGAUUUAACAGGCCCUUCCCAAUCUGUUGUCUGGGACACAAUGGUGCCUUCCAAGAAAAGAACCUGCAUCAGUCGAUCAAAACCAUCUCCAUUUGAGAAGCUUACCAAAGAUCUGUAUACUAUAUGGCAUGAACAACAGUCAUCAUGCUUCUCUGCAACUUCAGAAGAAGAAUUGCUUCUUGAGAGCGACAAACCUAUGGUGUCUGUUGAGAUUGGACAUGGAAGUGUACUCAUUCGACAUCCUAACGGAAUAAGUCGAGAAGAAGAAUCAGAAGCUAGCUCCCUUUCAAUUGAUAACAAACGACAUCCCAUAUGUAAUGCUUAUUCACAGUGCACAACCCCGCCUGUACAUAUCAAGAAGCCUGCUGGACGGGGCAUAGAACAACAAGAAAUUAAGAGAGACAAGGAUCAACUCGAAAAACUUCUGAUGGUGGGCCAUCAUAAUUCACCAUUACUUCAUGUAGAUCUGCAAGAUAUCCUUAAUUUUGACAAAUUUUUGUCUCAUCUAAACAAUGACGAGCAACAGCAAUUACUGAAGAUUUUACCUUUCGUUGAUAUUUCUGCAUCGCCAGAGAGCCUAGAAAGUAUGUUCGAUAGCCCUCAAUUCAAGGAGAACCUAUCAUCCUUCCAGAAACUUCUUGCAGAAGGAGUUUUAGAUAACUCAAUGUCUGGCGUGAAAACAGAAGAUUGUGUAACUUUGAAGAAACUUGCUUUAUGCAAUUUGACAAAAUCGAAGUGGGUGGAACAAUAUAAUUUACUUAAGGAUGUAAAAGGAAAAAAAUGUAUCUAUGGUUCUGAAGCGGCAGGAGGACUCAGCGCAGUUGUAACUGGUCAUUCGGUUAACGUAAAAAGAUCACGAGAUGGACAGCAUCAAAAGUUUUCAGGAUCAAAAACUAUGAUGAAGAGCCCCCGAAGGGUGAUAACCAAGUCAAGCAACGAACAGAAGGAACCAAUAAAUAGUGAUGGUUGUUGCUUCAGUCCAAGAAACCUAUUUUCCUCGCCAAAUGAUGACGGCUCCCUUGUGCUCGACUCUCUCCAUUUUGCAGAUGAAAGUUCUGAACAGGAUUUGCUGCUGGAUGUACCAUGCAACAGCUCCUUCCCACAGGCCGAACUCCUCCUGCCAACUUCGAGUUUUGGUGCCCAAGCAAGCGCUAGUAGUAGCUCAGUACACCCACAUAUUUUCCGUCCCUGA